AUGAUGGCAGAAACAGCAGAGGAUUCAGAUCCAAUCUCAGAAGCAGUUGGAUUCAUUAGUAAUAUACUAUCAAGUGAUACAGAAUUACAAUAUAAAGGAUUAAAAGGGUUAAUGAUAUGUCCAACUUCACUUGUUGUUGAGUUAUUCAAAAAUCCAGCUUACUUUUAUCAUAUAAAAAAACAUCCAAAUCAUAAAUUUAAUAACCAUAAUAAUCAUAAUGAUAAUAAUAAUAAUAAUAAUAAUAAUAAUAAUCCAUCACCAACAUCUUCAACUACAUCAUCAAAUGGCUCAUCACCUAAUAAUGGAAAUUCUCCAAAUCAUGGUUCAUCAUCACCUAAUAAUAAUAAUAAUAAUAACAAUAAUAACAAUAAUAACAAUAAUGUAUCAUCUAAUACUUCAUCAUCAUCAUCCUCUUCAUCGCCACAUUCAUCAUCAUCACCAACUAAUUGCCCAUCGACUUUACCUCAUGGAGUUGAUCCAUGUAAUCAAUGUUCACCAAAUGGGUCACCAAAAUAUUCAGAUAUUGAUUUCGAUAAAAUCACAAAAAAAAGAAAAAGCAAUAUAAAAAGUUUAAUUGAACUUUGUUUAUCCGAAAAUAGAAAAGUUCAAUCAUCUGCAUUAAGAUUAUUAUGGCAUUUAUCUGCACAAGCUGAUUUAAAAGUUUUAUUAUUUGAAGAAGGUGUUUUAGAUAAAUUAAAAUCGUUAAUGUUUAGUGAUUUUGAAAAAUAUAAUAUUAAUAAUAAUAAUAAUAAUAAUAGUAAAUACCCCAAUAAUAAUAAUAACAAUAAUAAUAAUAAUAAUAACAAUAAUAAUAAUAAUAAUAAUAAUAAUAAUAAUAAUAAUAAUAGUGGUUCAACAUCACCAACAGAUAUUGCAAAUGAAAGACAAAUCAAUGUACAUAGAACAGAUGUUCAAUUAGCAUCAUCAGCAAUUUUACAGAAUAUAACAGAAUUUAGAUUUGAAAAAGGUGAAAUUAAUCCAAACCAAGUGAAGAUCGUUAAUGAAGGUAUAGUUGAUUUAAUUCUAAUACCAAGAUCCAAGAGUACAGAUAAAAGAGUUCAAUUCUUAACAACACUCACUAUUGCAAACUUAUCAAUGAAUGAUGAAAAUCAUACAGCACUUACAAAAUCAAAAGCAUUUGAUGUGGUUGAAGCAUUUGUAACUUCAAAUUCUUUACAUAUGGAUUUAGUUUGUCAUUGGAUAACUUUACAACCUCAUAUACCUUUAUUACAUUCAAAAUAUCAUCAAGUUCAAUUAUUUGCAUUAUAUUGUCUAUAUAAUUUAAUAAGGAAUGGUAUGAAUUAUUUAAAACAAUAUAAAGUUGAAGUUUGGAAAGGAUUAAGUGUAAAUAAUGGUGUACAAAGUAUUUUCAUUUUAUUACAUUCAAUGCAUCCAAAAGUUGUUGAAUUAGCAAAAAAGAUAGCAGAUCAAUUACAGAUUGAAGAACCAUCAGUCACUGUGAAUACAACAAAGAUUGGUACAGAUUUGAAAAAGUUAUUUAAUAAUCAAGAAUAUUCAGAUGUUAUAUUCACAUGUGAAGGAAAGAAAUUGUAUGCACAUAAAGCGAUUUGUGCAUCGAGAUGCGAACAAUUGAGAGCAAUGUUCACUUGGGGUAAGGAAUCAAAAGAACAAGAUAUCAAUCUACCACAUACACCCUACUGUGCGAUGUAUGGUGUGUUAGAGUACAUCUAUUGUGGUCAAGCUACUAUCACUUGGGAGAAUGCAUGUGAUCUAUUGCAAUGGGCUGAUUUCUUUUCUUUGGCUGGUUUAAAAAGUAGUUGUGAAUUUUAUUUAUGGCAUUAUAUUGAUUUAGAGAAUGCUCCUAUCAUUUUGACUGUAGCUGAUCGUUAUCGUUGUACUCAAUUAAGAAAUGUAGCCGCUAACUUUGUUCUUAGAAAUUGGGAUAAAAUUAAAGAUUUUGACGUUUGGAUAAAUCAAGUCACUGUUGAUGUUAAAAAUUAUAUCUCUGAAAGAAUUUAUUCUUUAAUAACUUGUUCUUGUGGUUGUAUUUGUAGUUGUGUUGAUGAUGCUAAAAAUAAUAAUGCAAAUUCUCCUUCUCAAAUUGUUGAUGAAAAUUAA